CAAACGAUUAUAUUUACGACAACUCUAAGUCUCGCAAUAGCUAGAACUGAAAAGUUCCUCCUGUGGUAUGAAUAGGCAAAUUUGAAGUAACCUAUAGGUAUAUAGAAAGAAGUUAAACGAACGAGGACGGUCUGUUCCCCUUGAAAGUGUUAUGAAGAUUUUAAUACUUUCAGUAUUAUUUUCCCUGGGUCUGGUUUCAUUUGCAAAAGCGUCGACCGAAACAGAACCAUGGCUCGACAUCAGAUUGCCGAAGAAUCUCAUUCCGAUAGAAUACGAAAUUGAACUUCGACCAGAGUUUGAGAAGAAUGAAGAAGGAAUGUAUAUAUUCACUGGAUCAUCUUCUGUCACUUACAUCUGCAACAUUCCAACUAAAUACAUCAUUUUACACAGCAUAAAACUGAACUACACAGCAAAGCAAAUUGAUGUCAGAAUAGAAAAUGGUGCAGAAUUUCCUUUCGAGCGCGCAUUUCUUUACAAACCUUACCAAUAUCUUGUUGUUGAAACUCAAAGUGUUUGCUCUAAAGGUGUAAACUAUGUUCUCACAGUAUCCGAUUUUGUUUCUGAAUUUGAGAAUGACAUGAACGGGCUUUUCAGAGUAGAAAUUAUUGAUGGAUCUGGAGAAAAAAAAGUCAUGGCUGCUACACAGAUGGAGGCAACUGGAGCGCGAGAAACAUUUCCAUGCUUUGACGAACCCGCACUGAAAGCUAAAUUUUCAGUCACUUUGUGGUAUAAGGCCAGCACGGGAUAUUUUGCAGUCUCUAAUAUGAAGCCAAUAUCUUUUCAGACAAAAUCAGUCGAUGGUGAAUUGUGGAAUUCUACAACGUUUGACAAAACAGUGAAAAUGUCUACCUACCUCUUGGCUUUUGUUAUAAGUGAUUUUGGUUACGAAGAGACUUUUACGAAAUCUGGAGUACAGACAAGAAUUUAUGCUCGCAAAGAAGCAAUCGCAAAUAACGAAGCACAAUAUGCAUCAAAAAUUGUACCGAAGAUACUUCAGUAUUUUGAACACUAUUUCAACAUUGAAUACCCGCUCCAAAAAGCAGAUCAAUUAGCUUUUCCUGAUUUCGGUGCCGGAGCGAUGGAAAACUGGGGAUUGGUUAUAUACUCAGAAAGCAAUAUUUUGUACAAAAAAUCAACUUCUUCCAUCACAGAUAAAAUUGACCUGACUUAUGUAAUGUCCCACGAGCUUGCACAUAUGUGGUUUGGGAACCUUGUGAGCCCAAUGUGGUGGGAUGACAUUUGGUUGAAUGAAGGAUUUGCAACUUACGUCGGGUUUCUAGGUGAAGCAAAAGUUCAGCCGGAAUGGAAAACUUUUCAAAGAUUUGUGAUCGGGAGUCUUCGUGAUGCAUUAAUAGCUGAUGCGUUCACAACGUCUCAUCCUCUGGUUCAACCUGUCAACACCCCUGAUGAAAUCUGGAGCCAAUUUGAUGUCAUAAGCUAUAAAAAAGGAUCGAGCGUGAUAAGAAUGACUAACAACUUCUUAGGAGAAGAAAAUUUUAUUGCUGGAUUAAGGCAAUAUCUACGCAAUUUAGCGUUCGGUUCUGCCACUCACAAUGACCUAUUUCAACAUUGGGAAGAUCAAGCGCAAGUCGCCGAUCUUGGGUUACCUACCAGUGUUAAUGAAAUAAUGAAAACUUGGACGUUGCAAAUGGGAUAUCCCCUUAUAAGCAUUGAAAAAAUUCCGGGUACGAAUAGUUACAAUAUUUCACAAGAAUAUUUUUUGAUGGAUGAAGAUGCUGUGCCAGUAGAAACACCUAGUAGUGAAACAUACGGCUAUAAAUGGUACGUGCCACUGACUUACAAAACAAGUACCCAAAUAGACUCAAACAAUAUCUCAAUGAAAUGGAUGGAACCUGGGGUCGCAACUACAGUUAAUGUUGGUGAAAAUGAAUAUCUUCUUGCAAACAUUGAUGCAAUCGGAUACUACAGAGUAAAGUAUGAUGCCUAUACUUGGCAAAAAAUAAUAGAGACACUCAAGUCGAAUCAAUAUAAGGAAUUUUCUGUUGAAAACAGAGCCCAACUGAUAGAUGACGCAUUCACACUAGCAAGGUCAGGAAGACUCGAUAUAACUCUUGCUCUGGAUAUAAGUACAUAUUUAGCAAAUGAAGACGAAUAUGUACCAUGGGGAUCUUUCACACAAACAAUGGAAUAUUUUGAUUAUAUGUUUGGAAGAUCGGAAAUUUAUGGAAAAUUUCAGAAAUUUUUUCGAAGCCUUGUUACUCGCGGAUUUUAUAAUGAAGAAACUUGGAUAGAUAACAAUUUGAAGGACUCUGCCUUAAUCAAAAGAUUGGCUAAAAGAGAAGCUGUCAAAAUUGCAUGCGGAUUCGAAGACUCAUCAUGCAUUGAAAAAUCUAGAUUACUUUACCGUCGUUGGAUGCGGAACCCAGAAAGAGAAAGGAUUAUCAGAAGUACAUUCCGAAAAUACGUGUACUGCGCUGCAAUUCGUCAUGGCGGACUAGAAGAAUGGGAUUUUGCUUGGAGUAAACACCAGCAUAGCACAAAUACUCAGUUGAAAGCAGAUUUAAGGUAUGGAUUAUCCUGCAGCAAAGAGCCUUGGAUACUUUCAAGACUUAUAAAAUACUGCAGUAAUGAAACAUUGGUCGGAAUAAAGACUGGAUACCUAUGUUUAUUGAGUAUUUCAGAUAACGAAUAUGGACGUGACUUGUUUUGGAGAUUUCUCUCAGAAAACUGGAACGAACUUGUAAAUAAAUACAUGAGCGGAAAUCCGGACUUUGAUUCAGUUUUUGUCGUACCCACUCAACGCUUUUCGACACCAUACGACUUGAAACAGAUCACCGAAUUUCGAUCACGUUAUCGGGAUAGUUUGAGAUCGGCGUGGCGUUCACUCGAUGGAGCAAUGGAAUCGAUAAAAAACAACAUCAAAUGGAGAAAAGAAAAUGAAAACAAAAUAGGAGAAUGGCUCGAUAACUACCUGGCAAAUUUAGAAGAGUAGUCUUCUCAAAAGUGUUAUAAGAUAUUCAAAAAGACACUAUCUUGAUGAAUUGGUUGGAUUUUUUAUUUGAGUUCUAUUGAAUCAUUGAAAAUAUACAACCAGCGUGGAGUAAUCAUAAAAUAAUGGAUAGUAAUGGAUUGAAAUAAAUAUGAUGAGUAUAAUUUCUGCUGCCCAUAUUCAAUAAACGUCUGAAACAUGUCAA